AUGAUUAUUUCCCUCCUGGUUGCACAACAGUUCCGUUUCUACUCCCCACCCCUGGGAAACGGGAGACACAAGCUUUACAGGGAGGAGCUGAACCUAACCUCCCCAGCGGCACCGCUGCCGCUCCGGCCAGAGGCCAGCUGGCUCCAGUUCCACCUGGGCAUCAGCCGGGACGGGCUCUACCCGCGCUCCAGCCCUGCCGUCAGCAGGCUCCUCCGGGACAUGCAAGGCUUCACCACUAUCAGUGCCGACUACAGCCAGGACGAGAAAGCGCUGCUGGGGGCCUGCGACUGCAGCCAGAUCGUGAAGCCCAGCGGUGUGCACCUGAAGCUGGUCCUCAGGUUCCAGGAUUUUGGGAAAGCCAUGUUCAAGCCCAUGAGGCAGAAACGUGACGAAGAGACUCCUGAGGACUUUUUCUACUUCGUUGACUUCCAGCGGCACAACGCAGAGAUCGCCGCCUUCCACCUGGACAGGAUCCUGGAUUUCCGGAGGGUGCCGCCCACAGUUGGGAGGUUGAUCAACGUCACCAAGGAGAUCCUGGAGGUCACCAAGAACGAGAUCCUGCAGAGUGUCUUCUUCAUCUCACCAGCCAGCAACGUGUGCUUCUUUGCCAAGUGCCCGUACAUGUGCAAGACUGAGUACGCGGUGUGUGGGAACCCUCACCUCCUAGAAGGGUCCCUCUCCGCCUUCCUGCCGUCCCUCAACCUGGCGCCACGACUCUCCAUCCCAAACCCGUGGAUCCGGUCCUACUCGUUUGAUGGAAAAGAGGAGUGGGAAGUGAAUCCGCUCUACUGCAACACGGUGAGGGAGAUCUACCCCUACAGCAAUGGCAACCGCCUGCUUAACAUCAUUGACAUGGCCAUAUUUGACUUCCUAAUAGGGAACAUGGACCGUCACCACUAUGAAAUGUUCACCAAGUUUGGGGACGACGGCUUCCUCUUACAUCUGGACAACGCCAGAGGGUUCGGGCGGCAUUCCCAUGAUGAAACCUCCAUCCUGGCCCCGCUCUCCCAGUGCUGCAUAAUAAAGAGGACAACGUUAUUACGACUCCAGCUCUUGGCCGAGCCCGAAUAUCGGCUCAGCGACGUGAUGAGGGAAUCUCUCCUGCAGGACCUCCUGGCACCUGUCCUCACCGAACCCCAUCUCUUGGCUUUAGACAGACGGUUACAGCUUAUCCUGAAAGCUGUGAGGAAAUGCAUAGACACGUAUGGAGAAGUCAAGGUGGUGGCCAACGACACGACGCAGCCCGAGGCUCCUGCAUCUGACAAAGUGAAGCUGACCACUUAAACAGUCUUUAACCCAUGCUCAGAGGUGGGGAAAACCCCUGCAAGGCAAGUGUUUUAAUAGCUGGUAAUUUCCAUCUACAAACACUUGUGGAGACUGAGACGAGAAACUCUUCAGAUCUUCAAGAAUCACACUGGGCUUCUAUGCUGGGUACUCAACCAAAGCUUCUGUGCUUGGCCAGUGUGUUGGUAAGUUGUGGUCUGACUGUAGCAGACCUUUACACCCUGAACACCAGCUCUCUGGUGGAAAAGGAGCGAUCUCCUGUUCUGUAGUUGGUCAUGCCCUUGGGAGGGCGGGGGAACACAUGGCCAUUGGUUUGCUCAACCCGCACGGGAUCUCGGUCUUGCUAGUGAAGGACACAAACUAGACCCAAGGAUGAGGCUUGAAUAAAGAGAUGCCACGA